UCCCUCGAAGACAACCUCGCCCACCUAUGGCGCCAAAUCCUGGACCUCGCCACCCAAACCCCCGCGCACCAGGACAAGCUCGUGGACCUACUCACAGCUCUAUCCCAUCUCCCGGACGCCCCCGCACCCAGAGCAGCCGAUCAAGCUGAAGACGCCCAAAGCCCGCUAACCGUUCACGACAUGCGCGUCUGGCAAGACCUACCGAUGCUGGGCUGGGAGAUCCGCCACCGGUGGAACGACUCCGUCCCAGAGAACAAGGGGACAGAGGGGGAGCGAGCCGCGGCGAUCGCCGGGAUCGUGAACGUGAAUCGCUUGGUCGCGCGGCUGGUCGCCACCCGCGAGCCGGGCUUCCGGGCGCACGCGUGGUUCGCGCUCGUGACGCUGCGGCGGGCGCUGGAGACGCCGUGGGAGCAGAUGGCGCCGGAGGAUCCCCUCGCGGCGUGGGUGCCGGCGGCGGCGGCGUGGGUGGAGGUGCUCGGGGCGGAGAUCUACGGGUGGGAGGAGGAGUAUGCGGCUGGGCCGGGGGUGGGGGCGAGAGGUCGCGGCGGGCCCCUGUGGAAGGGGAAGCAUGGCUUCUGUCGGGAGCGGUGGGGGCUGUGGAGGGAAAGGUUUGGCGAGGUGGCCGGGAUGGAAGGGGAAGAUGAGGGUGUUCGGAGCGUGGCGCGGGAGGCGGAGCGGAGGAUGAAGGGGAUUGAG